UGUGGUAACUAAGCGUCCAGGUGGGAUGGAGCAGGUGAAGGAGAAUAGCUGGCUCCUAAAUCAUCCUAAACUGCUAGAGAUGCAGAGCUAUGGUCUGGGGAACAGUGCCCAGAUUCAGGCAGCCCUGCUGACCUACCUGGACCUCACUGAAGUCAAACUGUGGGGUGAGGUGAAGGUACACUCCUGUCAAGAUCUGAAGAUCAUCUAUCUUACAGCCAGGGAAAAAGAGGAGAGUCCUGUUCGUGUGGUGGUACCAUUGCCUUCCACUGAACCUCUCUCCAUGGAACAGUGAGUAUAUAGACAAUGAACACACUCCGUCCCUCCACACCUUGUAGUUCUUACUCCAGUCUCUCCAGACUCCACUCUGCCACCAGGAGGGAAGGGGAGUCAGCAGAGGGGAGGGAGUCAGCUGUCAGUGAGGAAGAGGAGGUCCAAGAAGGGGUGACACUGGCUCUAGUAGGAAGAGAUUCAUCAAUCCUCUACUGCCAAAUGUGGCCUGGGGUCCACCUCCCAAUUUCCUGAUCUCUCAACUAUUUUUAUCGUCCUUUUUUCUCUCUUUACAUUAUCAUUGUCUUUUCCUCCUCCCGCUGCUCUUCGCGUGGAGUAUAGUAAUUAGCAGAGAAUAAUUAUCAUCAGGGCACUGUUAUAAAAUGUACA